AGUUUGCGCUUUCACCAAGGAAAGAGGUGUAUUUGCCGAUAAAUAAAGAAAGCUUUUGAUUCUAUACAACCCAGUGAAUUUCCAGUUUAAUAUAUCACAUUGUGAUUUAAUACCACGCAUUAAAAAUGGAUCCGUUAGCCCAAAUUGAAUUCGGAGGUGCUCGCAACACGAUGAAGGCUGAGCCACCUCUUGGCUCUACAUUGGCUGAGAGAGAUAAAAAGACUUUAUAUUGGAUGAGUGGUGUUUUAGAAUGCUUUUCGACUGUUUGGUCACUUUUCAAAACUGGCGAAUACGAAGAAUCUCAAGAAAAUGAUUGGGAAGUGCCCUUUGAACUAAUUACAGAAUUGGUAUAUUUGGGAUCUGGAGCUCAAGGGGUUGUUUUUGGAGGAUCGUUACGAGGUGAAAUGGUAGCAGUUAAGAAAUUAAGAGACAAAAAUGAGGCAAACAUAAAACAUCUAAGAAAAUUAAAUCAUGAAAAUAUAGUUCGAUUCCGUGGGGUUUGUACAGUGUCUCAAUUUCACUGCCUUGUUAUGGAGUACUGCCAGUAUGGUCCUCUCUUUGACUUUCUCCAUAGUGGUGUUACAUUUAACCCCAAGCAGAUAGUCCGAUGGGCCAGGGAUAUUGCUCUAGGCAUGAGCUACCUGCACAAUAAUAAGAUAAUACACAGGGAUCUUAAGAGUCCUAAUGUUCUGAUUGCUGAUAAUCUUGUAGUCAAAGUCAGUGACUUUGGAACAAGUCGAGAAUGGAAUGAUGUCAGCGCUAUUAUGAGUUUUACUGGUACUGUUGCAUGGAUGGCUCCAGAAGUUAUCCGCCAUGAGCCAUGCUCUGAAAGAGUUGAUGUGUGGUCUUAUGGUGUUGUUCUAUGGGAGCUCCUCACACAGGAAGUUCCAUACAAGAGUCUAGAGACACAUGCUAUCAUGUGGGGAGUGGGAACUGAUACAAUUGCACUACCGGUACCUUCAACAUGCCCAAGUAGCAUACAACUCUUGCUUAAUCAAUGCUGGAACAGGGUGCCUCGCAGCAGACCACCAUUCAAGAUCAUUGCAGCCCAUUUAGACAUGGCAGGUGAAGAGCUUUGCUCCUUGGACCAGGAAACUUUCAAUAACACGCAAGCGGUUUGGCGCCAAGAAGUGCACAGUAGCAUGGAGAGAUUAUAUUCAAAGAUUAAAAAGCCUGCACCUCAAGAUGCGAUCAGUCAACGUCAAGAUGAUUUAAAACAUGCCCGUGAUGUACGCUAUGUUUAUGAGCAACAGCUCUCCAGGGCCAAUGAACUCUACAUGGAAGUGUGCACUGUACGUUUGCAGCUUGAACAACGUGAACGGAUCAUUGCUGAGAAGGAAAUAGCUCUAAAAGGAUGCCGGUGCGGAAUUCGCAAAAACUUAAAGUACUACCACCGCCAGACAUCUUCAUCUUCAGAUGGAGCCAUCGUCACGGAAAAUAAUCGUCGACGAAAGAAGAAACACGGCGUCAACAAUCCUGCUCAGCUGGUAGUGAACUAUGUUGAGGAUAAGCCAAACGAGGGUCACACAGUCACCGCUGCGGUCGAAGAAUGUGCUGAUUGCAUCUGUAACGAUGAAAGCAUACAGAACAACAACAUUACAGCUGUCACGACUGUUAUGGACACCAUAGUCGAGGAUAAUGGCAAUGUCAUCGUAAAAGAAACUGGAUGCAAUAUUGAGAUUCCUCUCAAUGAUAACUUUGUUCCAGAACUCGCUCAUGUUUAAAUGGAUAUUGGCGAGUUAAAAGAAAGUAUACUUACGAUAUUAUAUAGUGCACCUAAUUAUUGUGAGAAUUUUCUUGUCAUUUUAACAAAUUUAUUUAUCAAAGCCUAGCUAUACAUUGGGCAAGUUUAUUUACAAUGAAUCUCUUAGGUUACAACGUAGAUAGUAGACAUCUUAAAUUUUAUUAUAUUUGAAUUAUUCUUGUAAUUAUUAUUAAAUGGAGAAAAAUAAAAUUGAAUUGAUAAGUCCCAUUAAAAUGCUGAUUAAUGAUCUCCAUAAUUAUUAUCUGGAUGGCAAACCCAGUAAUGGAUCUCAUUUGUUAAUAUUUUCGAAUUAUAAAUUAUAAUAUAGGUAAGAGUAAUGUUAGCAACCGCAGAGUUGGAAUAGUGCUAACUUACCAUGAUAACUCUUAAGAUAUAAUAGUGCAAAGGCCUAAAUCACGUAAGGUGAUAUUGAGUGAUAAAGAGUGAGUUUUUAUAUUUUUCAUUGGUUAGUACAUCUGUAGGGCGAUUGCUUAGGGUAUUUCAUGAAGCGUUUUAUUGUUAUGGAUAAAUUCGUAUUGUCUGUUCACGUAAUACCAUUAAACUAACCAAUAAAUAUAACAAAAUCAGUCUCAUUAAUUCACUGAAAAAUUAUCUCUGCUUUUUUGGCCUUGCCUUAUCCCGUUAUGCGGGGUCGGUUUUCCUAAUCAAGCGAUGUUAUUUAAUUCGGUGCUAGGUGUCAUCUUCUGUGAGCCCCAUUUCCCUGAUCUCUUUUUGGACCUCUGUCAACCAUGUCGAUUGAGGUCUUUCUCGGCCCCUUUUUUUCGUACGCACUUUACGAUUUCUCACAGUAAAUGACCGAAUAGUAAAUUGUCCAUAAACGCCAAUCAAUUGAAAAGAACUAUUUCAGAAAAAAAACUCAUAUUAUUUAUUAUUAAUCUUAAAAACCUUAAAGGUUUUUAACAGCACAAAUGAGCUAUUUUAAUUUAAACUGUAAUAAUUAAAAAUCUGACAUAUUAAGAAUAUUAAGGUGUUGCAUAAAAAGAAAAGUUUUGGAAAUAAUUUCUUUGAUAAACUUAUAUUUAGAGAUUUGUAAGGCUUACAUUUUUGUAUCUUACCAUUCCGAUAUUUAUAUUAAUAUUAUAUUACCAAAUGCCUGGUCAUAUAGUUAGUUAUAUUAUUAAUCAAUACUCAAAACUGAACCGAUUUUUCAGAUACCUAUACUAUUUUUUCGUUGGCCGCCAAGCUCUUGUGUACAAUCUUCUAGCUACAAGUUGAAGCUGCGAAAAGCUCUUGUCUCUUAAAAUUAAUAUUCAAAAUCCCAUUCUUUCUUAACCCUUAACCACUGACGGUGUAUUUUCAUAUAUUAACAUGAGACCUAUUUUUUGAAAUGCUCCUAAAUCAAGUUUUUUUUUAAAUUUAAUAUGGAAAAACUCCUCAACUAAUUAUUUUUAUAUUGGACGUUUGUGGUUUUGGGUUAAUAAUUUGGACAGAUUGCCUGCUGUCCCAUCUGCUAACUUGCCAUCUGGUGAGUUUGCGUUCAGCCUCAAGGCCAUUCUGAAUCAAAGUUAAUAUAAAUUAUACUAGUAGGAUGGACUGGACUUAAAGUCUAUGAAGGUGUGUCUGAGAUUAAUCUGAUAAUAUGUACAAAGGCAAUUUUAAAAGCCCUCGCACGGAGAUUUUAUUAUUAUUUUUUGGUUUAAGUGUUAGUAAUAUGAAUUAAAAGAAUAGUGGUCGAAAUUAUAUUAUACUUAAUUGUUUUAGCAGGCCUAAAACUUAUUUUCUACAUUUUGUGGUACUUGGUUUCUUCUAUAGAUUUGUUUUUUAUUACGAUAUAUAAAUACAAAGUUGAUGUUAUAUACAACGUGUAAAUGAAUACCGAAAUAAUACUUCACAGGUCUUAGAGGUACAU